CAACAAGCCUGCUUCUGCUUAGCUACCGGGUGGGGGUGGGACCAUGGCCGGUUGGGCCCUAGCUCUGCGCUAUGGUCCCCCAUGGCCCCCCAUCUCUAGAACCGAGGUGCCUGGAUCCUGGCCCAACUGGCAUCUCACCAGCAGCAGUGUCGCCCACCACUUUAUCCCACCCGUACCCUUCCCCCCGCCCACUGUGCAGUCCACAGUCGCGGAGACCCUUCCCCCGGCCGCAAAACAGGAUUUACGCAUCUGGGCUUUCGACGAGGUCAUCAACAGAUGGGAGACAACCUCCGGCUCGGCUCUUGUGUCCAAGACCCAUGGCGGGCCCUACGCGCAGCCCAGGGCUCCAGAGCCUGAGGACCCCACGCGGACUGUGGGGAUCAAGGCUUUGGCAGAAAAGCUCAGACACCGUGGCUGGUGCCUCCCUCUGAUCACAAAGCACCAGAGCAGCGAGACGAGUGCGCAGUACGUGGACUGGCCGGGUCUGGACCAGGGCGCCACCUUCUACGUCGGGCCCCAGCCCCCGAAGUUUGCGGACCAUCACCGUGGGGGCCCUUCCCAGGCUCUCAUCCCCUGGGCGAGGAGCACCGAGCUGGCCGGCAGGACUUGCCCAGUGUCCGACCGGGGCGUCCCGGGCCGCCGUCGGAGCUACCUGAGCACCUCGGCCCAGGACUUCCGGCUCUACCCGAGGAAGGAGCUGUCCGGAUAUCCCUGCAAGGACUCACUGACCUACUGGAGCUUCGAGGAGACGCCCCAGGCCUGGGGCCACGGCCCACAGCGGCCGCCCUGUCCGCGCUCCUCUCGGCCACCCCGACCGCCGCGGACCCGCGUGUCCCGCGCCCGCCCGGUGACGCUAGCUGUGCCGCAUCGCGGGGCCCUGUCUCUGGUUCAGGAAUCCUACAGCCCCCCGCUGCACCCACUCCGCCGGCUCGACCGUUUCUGCCCACUGGAGGCGCCCCGGGGCGGCCCCCACUGGAAGCCCCUGCCGGGCAUCUACAGCGUGCCGAAAGCCUACGGCACCGAGAACUCCCGCUAUGGCAGCUUGAAGCCGGCGCUGAUCUGAGCCGGCCAGCCCCGCCCCGCCCUCGGACACUACCGCUGUGCCGUGGGGCGGAGCCGAGCCCAGAAGACCACGCCUGGGGUCCACGGGGCGGAGCUGAGCUCCGGAACCCUGCCCAUUACGCGGGGAAGGGGGGAGGGAAGGACAGAGCCUGGGUCACACCCACUAAGUCUACCGUGCAGUGGGCGGGGCGAAUGUCAGACACGCCCACUUGUUUGUGGGGUGACGGCGUAGUAAGCCCAGAAAAUGGACAUUGAGGCUGCGGCCCAGUGGGCGGGACGUCCCCUGCAGGACAGGAGGCGAGGCUUACCUUAGUCAACAAGUUAAACAGCCUAAACCACACCAAUUUCUGGGGACAGCUCUGGCCUCUAGGGGGUUGGGUGUGGGGGCGAUGGGGCUCUGGCUGAAUCCCUUGGGGGGCAUCUGGGUACAAGCGGCGUCCCUCCUAGCACAGAUUCUCGGCAGAGUCUAAUAUUGAAGCCACACUCCUCCUACAACGUUGGACUCUAGCACAGGAACGGCUGUCUUUCAGUCUGUCUCAGGUGGAAUAUGGUUGAGGCUUCAACCUAGCACCUUUUGUGGCGCCAAGGAGCCUCCUACAGCCUCCCCUUGGCUCUUCCCAUGAUGGGCAGUGGCAGGGCUUCCUAUGUCCUACUUCUUGUGCCUCCUACACGGACCAGUCUCUAGCACCUGUGGACUGAGUCUGUGAGGUCAACUUCACCAUGGUGUCUCACACUGGAGCCACUGAUGGUAGGGGAGUGGGCUGCUAUGCUGAGCUACUCCUUCGCCUCCCUGACCUUGUCCACCUCUCACCCCCGGCGGGAUUAGUGUCCAGGUUACUCUGGCAUGCUGCCACCCCCCAGUGGCCUUGCCGCCCCCACAGCCCACAGGUAUAACAAGCCAGGUAGACAAGGUAGGAGAGGCACCGAGAAUGGAGAUGCUUCAGGUAAGACUGGGGACCCCUGGGCAGCUUGCAUCUCCAAUCCAGGCCAUUACUGGCAUGAAGAGGGACAGUUGUAUGAUCUGGUGGAGGCCUCUUUCUAGAAGGGUAUGACAGCCAGCAGGCUUCCUGCCAGGAGGAGGGAAGUGGGUGGUGCAGUGUCUGCAGGUAGGUAUCUGAAAUGUGGGACAUCUGGACUGUGGGGCGGGCCCUGAAGGCAGGUGCCAGGGAUGGUGGUGGAUCAAAACAGGGUGGGUCCUGAAUGGAAGAUGUCAGACAGGGCCCCUAAAUGUGUGUAUUUGGGGGA